CUGAGUGGCUCCACCACGGGAAUUCGCGUCUCGCGAGCGGGCAUCCAUCGCAUUCAUCUCCUAUCGGAAAAGACAGCCCGAUCAAGGCGCCAGCUCCCUCGCCACAAUGAACUCCCAACGAACAGUUUUUCGCCUUAUUAGGAGUAUAGGAGCGUCUCAAUGUCGGAACUUCUCCAGGUUUAGCGCACCUUCCGGCGCGAUGCCGCCAAUGGGCAACCUCCCUAUGCCCUACAUCACUGAGGUCACGGCGGGCGGUUGGCGGACAUCCGACAUAUUCUCCAAGCUCCUGCAGGAACGAAUAGUAUGUCUCAACGGACCGAUCGACGACACCGUCUCAGCAUCAAUUGUGGCCCAAUUGCUAUGGCUCGAGUCGGACAACCCGGAUAAGCCGAUCACCAUGUACAUCAACUCGCCCGGCGGCGAGGUGAGCUCGGGGCUCGCCAUCUACGACACAAUGACCUAUAUCAAGUCACCUGUGUCAACAGUGUGUGUGGGCGGCGCUGCGUCGAUGGCUGCCAUACUACUUGUUGGCGGCGAGUCCGGGAAGCGGUAUGCGCUCCCGCACAGCUCCAUCAUGGUGCACCAGCCCCUGGGAGGAACUCGCGGGCCGGCAGCGGAUAUCUUGAUCUACGCCAACCAAAUUCAGAGACUUCGAGAGCAAAUCAACAAAAUCGUGCAGAGCCAUGUCAACAAGUCCUUCGGUUACGAGAAGUACGACAUGAAGGCCAUCAACGAUAUGAUGGAGCGGGACAAGUAUCUGACCGCUGAGGAGGCGAAGGAAUACGGCAUCAUCGACGAGAUCCUACAUCCGAGAGGAAAGAGCGAGGACAAGGCUGCGGGUGCCGAAUCGAAGGGGAUAAAGCCGUGAUGCAGAAAACCGGUAGAAGGGGAUACUUAGGCGGGUUACGGCCGAUUCGUGCUCAUCUCGGUAUACUGUAUC